CCAACGUGAACCGAUCCCUCCUCACACGCGUCAAUCUCCUUCAACAAAAAAAACAGAUCUAUUUAUGUUCAAACUCUUCUCCUUGUUGAGAAGUCCGGCCUGUCUUUCAUCUUCUUCUUCUUGUUUAUCUGUGUUCCUCCUUCAACAAUGUCGGGGCCUUCUUCUGUCUCUGUGAAACCCACUCCUCUUUUGAAAGAUGAACUCGAUAUUGUUAUCCCAACCAUUAGAAACCUUGAUUUUCUCGAGAUGUGGAGACCCUUUUUUGAACAAUAUCAUUUGAUCAUUGUUCAAGAUGGUGAUCCUACAAAAACAAUUCAUGUUCCUGAAGGUUUUGAUUAUGAACUUUACAACAGGAAUGAUAUUAACAGGAUUCUAGGUCCUAAAGCUUCUUGUAUCUCAUUCAAGGAUUCAGCCUGUAGAUGCUUUGGAUAUAUGGUGUCUAAGAAGAAGUAUAUCUACACCAUCGAUGAUGAUUGCUUUGUUGCCAAGGAUCCAUCAGGCAAAGAUAUCAAUGCUCUUGAGCAGCACAUUAAGAACCUUCUCUCCCCAUCAACUCCGUUCUUUUUCAACACCCUAUACGACCCAUACAGGGAAGGUGCAGACUUUGUCCGUGGAUACCCAUUCAGUCUCCGUGAGGGUGUCCCUACUGCUGUUUCCCAUGGUUUAUGGCUCAACAUUCCUGACUACGAUGCCCCAACUCAACUUGUUAAGCCCCGUGAGAGAAACUCAAGGUAUGUAGAUGCAGUUUUGACCAUCCCCAAGGGUACCUUGUUCCCUAUGUGCGGGAUGAACUUGGGAUUCGACCGUGAGCUGAUCGGACCUGCCAUGUACUUUGGUCUCAUGGGUGAUGGCCAGCCAAUUGGGCGAUACGACGAUAUGUGGGCUGGAUGGUGCAUUAAGGUGAUUUGUGAUCACAUGGGAUGGGGAGUCAAGACAGGGCUUCCAUACAUCUGGCACAGCAAGGCCAGUAACCCCUUUGUUAACUUGAAGAAGGAAUACAAGGGUAUCUACUGGCAAGAAGAGAUCAUCCCAUUCUUCCAACAAAUAGUCAUGCCAAAAGAAUGCACCACCGUUCAAGCAUGCUACAUUGAGCUUUCAAAACAGGUACAAGAGAAGCUUGGAAAGAUAGAUCCUUACUUCACCAAGCUGGCUGAAGCCAUGGUUACAUGGAUUGAAGCUUGGGAUGAACUCAACCCAAAAGCUGAAGUUGCCGCUGCAAAAGCUUAGAGCUGAAGUUGCCGCUGCAAUAGCUUAGAGACGGUGAAAGAGAGUGACAAAGCUUAGAGACAGUGAAGAGAGUGACUUCAAUCCUCUUCUUAGUUUUCUUUUUAAGUUAUUUUGUAUGGUCAUGUCAUUAUUUAUAUACUUCGGCUCUCUAAAGCUUAUUUACCGGAAGCUAUGGAGUAUUUUGUUUUGUUUUUGUUUUA